AUGCCCGCUUCACAGCUCCUCGACGUCCUUUACUGGCUGGAGUGCAUUCAAGACGGCACUGUGGACUCAAAGUUCUGGUGCGGUCGCUGCCACGAGCGCCCCGGUGACAUCUGCUUCAUGUGCGUGUCCGUGGAGGGCAUCACCUCGCCAAGCGUGGUGCUCGCUCUCAUUCACAAGGGCCACGACCAGCAGGAUAUCUCGGACAUGGCCGCUGUGUUUGAAGAGAUCAGCCAGUGCCAGCGCAACCAGAACAUCCUGGAGAGCCUGGACCUCUUUGCUCCUGGCAUCCUUUGA